UUCCACUCCCUCCUUUUCUUUCAGUUGAUGAGGAUCGAGCAUCCUGUCCUCAGCAUCCUUCCUGCUGUCUCCACGGUAACACAGACUCUGGUACCACUUGUACUUAGCAUCUGUACUGGAGCAAGUAUUAGCCCACUGCUUGAAUAUGGAGUUAGAACUGUCCACUUCACGGCUAUACUCCUCAGACAUCUUAUUCUACAAUGUUACACAGAACCUCUCCUCUUCUACUCCAUCCAACAGCAGCUUCAGUGUCCCAGGCCAGGGGGUCUCCAGAAACCAUGCUUCAAUUAUAAUGGCUGUGGCAAUCACUGCCCUCUACUCUGUGGUCUGCGUUGUGGGACUGCUCGGGAAUGUCCUGGUCAUGUAUGGGAUUGUGAGGUACACCAAAAUGAAGACAGCAACCAACAUCUACAUUUUCAAUCUGGCACUGGCUGAUGCUCUAGCUACCAGCACCUUGCCCUUCCAGAGUGCCAAGUACCUAAUGGAGACCUGGCCAUUUGGAGAAGUCCUCUGCAAGGUUGUUCUCUCAAUAGACUACUACAACAUGUUCACCAGUAUUUUCACCUUGACCAUGAUGAGUGUGGACCGUUACGUGGCUGUGUGCCAUCCUGUGCGUGCUCUGGACUUUCGAACCCCCUCUAAGGCAAAAGCUGUAAAUGUCUGCAUUUGGAUUUUGUCAUCAGUUAUUGGAGUUCCCAUUAUGGUCAUGGCAGUUACUAAAACAAAUAAAGCUGGCACAAUUUCCUGCACUCUUCAAUUCCCUCGCCCAGAUUGGUACUGGGACACGGUAACAAAAAUCUGUGUCUUCAUUUUCGCCUUUGUAGUGCCAGUCUUGGUCAUUACAGUAUGCUAUGGUUUAAUGAUACUGCGCCUCCGUAGUUGUCGUCUCCUAUCUGGCUCAAGAGAGAAAGACCGCAACCUACGUCGCAUAACUCGUAUGGUCCUUGUUGUGGUGGCUGCCUUUAUCAUCUGUUGGACACCUAUUCACAUCUUUGUCAUUGUGUGGACCAUGGUUGAAAUUGACAAGAGGAACCCCUAUGUGGUGGCUAGCUGGCAUUUCUGCAUUGCUCUGGGGUACACCAACAGCAGCCUGAACCCAGUCCUCUAUGCCUUCUUAGAUGAAAAUUUCAAGAGAUGCUUCAGAGAAUUCUGCAUUCCUUUCCGCUCCCAUUCCGAGCAGAGCAGCUUCAGCAGAACACGUAACACCACUCGGGACCACGUGUCCACAUGUGCUCAGUCGCAUGCCCCCGACAAGCCGGUAUGACUAGACAUGGUCAGCCGAAGGAGAGGAUCCCGAGGCUGCAGUGGAGAAGAUCUGAACUCAGAAGUCACUCAGGUUACCGGUACUACUGAAUUUUAGCAGGAAAUGCAUUGGUCCCUUCUAAAAGGAAGCUGGUUGGAAUACAGAGCUAUCUUAUCACUUUCCAACAAGAUUUCUUGCGGUCUGAACUGAAAAGAAAACUUUUAUACUUUUCCCGCAAAGUUAAGAACCACACUAACUUUUCAUGAAUGGAUCAUGUGACUGAAGAACCCAGCAGCAGCUGGAGGGCUAAACCGUAAGGUUACUCAUGAUAUUGCUACAUAUGUAUCUUCCAGAAAAUGAAAAACUCAACUACUUACCUAGCUGAAUAUAAACAGUUCACUGAACAUUUACUGUAAACUAACUGUAAAGUCAAAUGGCUGGAAGUAGGGAUACUCCUACUGCCCCGAUUUUCAACUAACUGAUUUUUUGUCUUGAGCUUAUAUGUUCCAUAUCUACCGGGGGGGGGGGGGUCCUGGAUGUUUCCCAUCAUGAAAUCAUGUGAGCAAAAAGAGAGGACAUUCACUUGUUAGUGGUGUUUAUCUGGGAAGACAACAAAGCCCUGCUUCAACCUAAACAAGACAACACACUUGCUGGAAUUCAAUCAGGAAAACAACUAAGAAGUGAAAACAUCCAAAUUCACCCAUUCAUAACAAGUUUAGUUUCCUAGAAUACAAAAGAAAAGAAAAGGAAACACUUGUACUUCGGCAUUGAUUUAGACAACUGUUUAACGCCUGUACACAGUUCUACCAGACUACACAUGAUUUUUAAGAAAAGAAGCAAUAAACAACUUGCACAAAAAGCUUGGAAACUAUCAUGAUCUAUUUGUUUGCCUGAAGCAAAGCCUUCUGAUUCUGUGUCACUUUAUAUGUAUGACUGUAUGCCACAUAUAUUAUAGACAUGAAAGGCUGCAAACUUGCUGAACUGUACCCAAAAUUGUUUAUAUUUCAACAGCCUAAUAGGUGUAUGUAGUUCCUAGGGAUCAUGGUGUUUUUUGCUUUGUUUUUUUUCCAGAUAGUACUCAACAGAGCCACCGAGGCAUUGUAUGGGCUCUGCUAUGGAGGACAUUGCAAAUUCUGGGGUCUUCGCAUUCAGGGCCAGGUUAACAAUGCGGUCGAUGGGACUAGAGCUCCAGGCCUCCACAUAAAAAUAGGCCCACCAUCAUGACAGCAUAAUGAUGACCAACUGCCACAAGAUUCAUGUAAAUCUUAUGUAAUAAAAUUUCUAUUUUAGUUAAUGCAAUUUUUCUACUUUUACAUAUUUAGCGAGAAAUUGAAGCUGAUCAUGUAGGGGAUGUACACACCCACAAGGCACUGGCCACACCCACACAGCAUUGGUCACAGCUCCUUCACUUCCCAUAAUAGGCCCUUGAUCAUUUUCAGCCACAGGUCCAUGUGCCCUUAAUUCGGCCCUCUUCACAAUGGCCCUUUGGGGCCCUCUGCUUAAUAUGUGCACCAAAUAGUACCUUGCUCUCUUGAACCCUCAGAGGACACUCCUCUCUGCACUAUGCACCAGUGGCGGACCUACAUUAUUGGGGACCUGAAGCUUGAACUGUUAUGGGGGCUCCUUUGCAACCAUUUAUAGAGUGCAAAUCACAGAGCUAGACUACAACUCCCAGCAGCUCCCGAGUUAGUAAUCGACGCACUUGCAAGCUGAUAGCAACUAUGCUGUACUAAAAGCCUGGUUGUCAUGGUGUCACUGGUGACGAGCUAUAACCAUACAGUACAUAAAAACAAGAAGUGAAAAUCUGAGUUUUGGUGUUAGCGAGACAAGUGCUGCCAUCCCCUUUGGUAUUAAGUGCACUGAAGUUUAAGCUUCAUCAGUUUCAAUGUAGGUCCGCCACUGCUCUGCGCCUCUGGUACUUAAUGGUACACAGUACUAUUGCCUUUUUUUUAUUUUUAUUAGUAAUAGUUUUCAUCUCUUUUAGCAAAGGUGCUUGACUUGUCUGACUGCAGGCCCACUCUUUUAGCUUCAGUGAAAGCAAAUUCCUUCCAAAGGUAUGUGAAAGGUAUGUGAUAAGUCAUUCACUCUGCUGCAAUAUACGAUAGACAGACAGACAGACAGACAGACAGAUAGAUAGACAGAUAGAUAGAUAGAUAGAUAGAUAACUAGAUAGCUAUGCAAGUGUAUGUGAAUAUAUAUAUAUAUAUAUAUAUAUACAUAUAUAUAUAUAUAUAUAUAUAGGUUGAGUAUCCCUUAUCCAAAAUCACACAUUUUUGGUUCCCCUACUGAGACAAUGACACAUAUAUGUAUAUAUUAUAUUAUUUAUCUAUAUAAUAUAUCUGUAUAUACACAUAAUAUAUAAUAUAUAUGUCAUUAUCUCAGUAGGGGACCCAAAAAUGUGGGUUUUUGAAUUUUGGAUAAGGGAUACUCAACCUGUAUACACAUAUCUAUCUAUCUAUCUAUCUAUCUAUCUAUCUAUCUAUCUAUCUAUCUAUCUAUCUAUCUAUACAUCUAUGUUUGGUAAAGUCUUACUUAAUCAUAUAUCUGCACUUCAUAUCCCCUGCUCUUUUAUAUUAACCUGGUUACCAUACAGUAUGUGACUAAAUGUUCCUCAGUUUUCAAAUCUACUGUUGUCUGAACCAUAUUCUCAGGGCUGCAUGUACGCUAGGUCUGUGUCAUGUUUAUGUCACUCCAAUUCAUAUUUCUCUAACUUCAUAUGUUUCAUAUUUAACCUGACUCACCUUGCCUCUAACAACCCAAUCCAUCACUGCACUCCCAGCAUCUCUUGCAUAUACCCACUAUGGAACCUUGGUGAGAGGCUCUGAUUAGCCAUGCUAGUGAUGCAGUCCUAUGUGUUCAAAAUACCAUUAUUAUUAUUAUUAUUAUUAUUAUUAUUAUUAUUAUGAUUGCACUAAUUGAUAUUGUGAUAAACUCUGUAAAUUCUUAAGUAUAAUACAUUAGUAUUAUUUCUACUGUGAAAAUAUGCUGUAUUGUUAUAUUAUGGAGUAGUUCUGUGAAAAAAAGAUUUGUGAGUAAUUACAUCAUCAGUAUUAGUUUGUUAGCGUUAGAACAUUGCAACAGCUCAUACCUAUUAACAUAGUCUCUUCAAUCAACUUCAAAUGUAUAUAUAUCAAUAUUAAACAGAUCCAAAUAGCCUACCAUUCAGAGCUCAGUCACAUUCAUUCUCAGAUAUAUGCUGUUAAUCCAGUUUUCAACCAACAAACUAAUACUUGAAAACUGUAUUUAAAAUGUUAUGAAUUGUUUUGAGUUUGUUGCCACCAUUGUGUUUUAAAUACUUAACGCUUGGUUUAAUUAUUAAAAUGUGGUAUGACCUCUUUCUCUCAAAUUACAUGUGUGACCAGUAUAAUACAUUGUAUUGGUACAACUGUAAUUCAUAAAAAGAGCAUGGAAUCACUUUAAAAACAUAUAAUUGUAAUGUAUCUAAAAGAGGGUUACUUUCCAUAUGUUUUACGAUUUACAGUGCAUAAAUCAAAGUAUUAUGUAUAGGCCAAAUACUAGGCAUUCAAUUUUAAUAACAAUUUCCAUUUUCCCCACACUUAACAUCACCUGGAACUUGGCCAGUAUAGAGUACCCUGAAUCUGUGAGGCAUUGGAAAGAGCCAAAAUGAACGGCCAGUGCCACCUUCCAUAUGUAUCUAAUUAACUUUUUAAUACACUUUGACUAUGAUCUUAUUAACUGCUGAUAUCUAUUCAUGGCUUUCCAUUUGCAACUAGUAAUAUAAUUCAAUAUUGUACAGUAUUAUAUAAAUGAUACAUUUAUAUCUCAGACAUUAUAGACAUUAAUUUGCAAAGGUUCAAGUGGUCAUAGGUCGUAGACGGAUAUACAAUAGCAUGGCCGUACCUAAGGGUGUGCGAGCAGUGGCAUGGGACAGGGUAGAGUGCUUUGGGGUGGGGAGGGUGGCACAAUCGUAGACCCUUAGCCCCUGCUGUGCUGCUGCUGCUGCUGCUGUGCUGGCAUUCAGACAACGCACCGUGCAUUCUGCACAGCUGCUAGGAGCGUCCUCAGACUGCUCCUUUCAGUGUUCGUUGCUACGGUUAUGGACGGCGGUGGCACACUACAGCCCUGUUACAGGGCAGCACAAUAUAGGUUUAAUAUUUUUGUAUUAUUAUUAUUAUUAUUAUAUGCAUAGUAGGAGAUAAUGACUAGCAAGAGUUUUAAAGCAACCAAGGCAUACAUAUCUCAACUCUCAAUGAGGAUAAGCCUAGAUACCAAAUUGUGCUUUGACAGUCCUGAUAUACUGUAAAUAUGUUUUCCAGUAAUAUAAGACAUAUCUGGUAGGUGUCUGGCUACACUGACUCACGCAGAAGGCUGUUUUAAAGUCACAGUUUUCCUUUGCAUAUUUAAUUCAAUGGGUUUCCUCUCCUUAAAUAUCAAGCUAUUUGCAAUAGCUGCAUUAUUUUUGUACAAAACAUUUAAAUAAACCACUCACAAUUAUAUAAAUGAAAAUAUUGACUAAAAUAAAACCUGCCUGUAAAUAAAUAUAAACACAACAAGAAUUUAGGAGGAACAAUUGUAUAUGGGUAUGGGAGUAUAGAUUUUGUUAGGGAAUCAUAACAGAACUAUUGUUUUUAUGGAAAAGAUGCAAUGGCGUAUGGGAGCAGGGCCCCUGGGUCCAGGGGGAGACCAAACCAUACACCCUGCACUGAUUUCUUCAAUACCCCUCCGGAGUCCCACAGUAGUGCUGCAGAAAGUACUUUGAAAAUGGCGUGGUGGCCAUUUUCCAGCACUUUUCAAAUGCGCAGUAGGGAAAUCACUGGGAAAAUGGCCACCACGCACAUGCGCACUAGAAUCUGGCACAGCACAAAGGACUACUGCAGGGCAGAGAGGUCGGGGCCCGGAUGGAGGCUGCACACAGGCUCCCUCCUCACUUAAUACGCCCCUGCAGAGAUAUGAUUGGUGUACAAAAACUGGGAGAAGAAUUUAUAAAAGAUAGAAAAUGGAUAGUAGGAGCAGAAGAAGGAAAAGGGAAUAGAUAAGGAGAUGUGCUAAUCGGUUCCAUGGAAACUUUGGUCUAAAAUAAAGUUGACAAUGCAUUAUAAACACUGUUGGUGAAUAUUUAUCCUGUGGUUUUGCUUUUGUUCCAAGUUCUGCGGUGUGUUGCUCUGACGGUGUCAUCUCCUUCACUCCUGUUGAUGAAUUGCUAUCUGUAUUUACUUUUGUAGUACUUAAUAAAGUGGAUGAAGCAGCAGAA